GGUGUGUUGGUAAGUUGUCAGGGGACGUAACGUUAUUCAUUACGGAAACGGUUUAAGAAGCAAGGAGAAGAUGGCGGAAAAACAGGUUUUGUUUUGAGACUGCAGCUAGUGAGUCGGAUGAAACUAAUCGCACAGAAAGAUCCUUUCAAGCAGAUGAAGGAUCUCAACCAGCUCAAGAAUCAACUGGAAGAUAUCCAGAAGCGUGUGGAGACUGAAUUUGCAGCAGGAAUUCCACAGGGGGGCUCUGUGCUGGCAUCUCCCUUUUUGAAGGGGUUCCUGGCCGGGUACGUGGUGGCCAAGCUCCGCUCCUCAGCUAUCAUAGGAGUGCUACUAGGAACAUUCACAGGCAUCUAUGCUGCACAGAACUAUCAGGUGCCCAACAUUGACAGCACUCUGAAGGACUAUAUGAGUUUGUUUAGAAAAGGACCAAAGUAAUGG